CAGAGCUGCAGAUCAGCUGUGAAGAGGAAGCCUCAUCGCCAACAUGAACUUCUCCGGCAAGUACCAGCUGCAGAGCCAGGAAAACUUUGAGGCUUUCAUGAAGGCAAUUGGUAUGCCCGAUGAAGUCAUCCAGAAGGGGAAGGACAUCAAGGGGGUGUCAGAAGUUGUGCAAAAUGGCAAGCACUUCAAGCUCACUGUCACCACCGGGUCCAAAGUGAUCUACAACGAGUUCACCUUGGGGGAGGAGAGUGAGUUUGAGUUCAUAAAUGGGGAGAAGAUCAAGGCAGUGGUUCAGCUGGAAGGUGAUAACAAACUGGUGUCAACUUUCAAAGGUAUCAAGUCCACGACCGAACUCAAUGGCGACAUAAUCACCCAUACUAUGGCAUUGGGCGACAUUGUCUUGAAGAGAAUCAGCAAGAGAAUCUAAACCAGUCUGCAUUUCACAUUCUUUUACUAUGUAAAAUUAAUGUAAUAAAGUGAACGUUGUUUU